AUGUGGGUUCGCACUGUGUUUUUCACUCAGUCUUGUACAGUUAACAACAUAUACUACUAUGUCCACCAGGGUAUGCUCAAGCUUCCUCUUUCAAAGCUUAAAGUUGUGGUUCCUGGAUUGUUCCCUCUUCAAGCCUGUGACCUGCCAUCUUUUGUUUAUCUUUACGAGUCCUACCCAGCUUUCUUCGACAUGGUUGUGAAUCAGUUCUCCAAUAUUGAGAAGGUAGACUGGGUGUUCUACAACACCUUCUACAAGUUAAAGGAAAAGAUCUGUCUGCUCAGGACGAUCAACCCAACCCUUCCCUCUGCUUACUUAGAUAAACGGCUAGGAGAUGACAAAGACUAUGGCCUUAACAUUCUUAAGCCAAUCACUGGUGCUUGCAUGGAAUGGCUGGACAACAAGCCUACUGGAUCUGUUGUUUACGCCUCUAUGGACUCGUAUUUUUCACGCGCGUCUCCACUCAAUCGGCGAAACUCGCUUUUAUUUGUGAAAAAUUAA